AUGACCCAGGUUCUUUCAAAAAGUCUCCUCAUCCAGGGGCUACCCUUUGUUAGCCACCAGACAGACACAAAGUCAUGGAACUUCUCUAGUCGAGAAUACUACGACAUCACACCUCCCAGUGAGGUCUCUGAGACUGAAGAUGCGUUCCAGGACGUCGUGACGCACUCCAUUGACACAACUGCUGAGCCACUUGUGGCUGUCAUUGGUGUUGGUUAUGUCGGUGAACAUCUUGUCGAUGUCUUUUCGAGGAACCAUGAUGUCCUUGGAUACGAUGUAUCAGAGGCCAGGACACUGCAGUUGGCUAAGAAGCAAGCUGUCGGUAGUCGGGCGAGAUUCACAUGCAAAGCCUCAGACCUUGCCAAGGCCACUCACUUUCUGAUCUCGGUGCCAACUCUCCUUCUUGACAACAAAACCAUCGACUCAUCUUUCCUCCAAAGUGCCAUCAAUGUCGUCAGGCUUUAUGGACGCCAGGGUGCUGUUGUCGUCGUGGAGAGUUCAGUUGCGGUGGGCAUGACACGAGCUCUUCUUGGUUCUUUGGCCAAAGAACGCGGCUUCUACGCUGGCAUGUCUCCGGAACGCGUUGACCCUGGCCGUGUCGAGCCACCAGCGCAUUCGAUCCCCAAGAUCGUCUCUGGACUUGACGACAUUGUACCUGGGUCGCUGGAUGCCAUCAUUCGUCUCUACUCCAAGAGUUUUGACAAUGUUGUUCCUGUAUCGAAGCCAGAAGUCGCCGAGAUGAUGAAGCUGUACGAGAACUGUCAACGCAUGGUCUGCAUCGCCUAUGCCAACGAGAUGGCUGAUGCCUGCGGUCCACACGGUAUUGACCCGUAUGAGGUCUGUCGCGCAGCUUCCACCAAGCCCUUUGGCUAUCUGCCCUUUUCACCAGGUCUGGGAGUUGGUGGACACUGCAUUCCCGUCAACCCGUGGUAUCUUCUCUCCAACAGCCAAUUCCCCUUCCUACGAGCUGCUGCUGAAAAGAUGCAUGCCCGACCAUCUGAGAUUGCGCAGCGCGCCGUCUCGCGUCUCUGCAACAGCGACGAUACCGGGUUGAAGCCCCGCGUUCUCGUUGUCGGAAUCGGAUUCAAGCGUGGACAAUCUCAUCUUGCAAACUCGCCUGGUCUUGAGCUGGCUAAGAAAUUAGUCGAGACGAACAAGGUCGACGUUGCUUGGGCUGACCCUUUGGUGGCGCAGGAGGCUGUGCCUCAGAUCAAGCGCCUGCCUGAAUCGGACUGGACAGUUGAAGCACUGGAACGUGACUUUGACAUGGUUAUCGUCGCAUUCCGUCAAGACGGUCUUGAUUUUGAUGUACUGGAUCAAGUUCGAGGAGUCUUGGUUGAGCGUUGGUGUAUUUGA